GCGCGAGGCGUGUGAGCAGCAACGGUGAUCUCAAGUGGGCGUAAGGGCCGAGAGAGAGAACGUCGUCUCGUGUUCCAUACAUGGCUAUGCUAUGUGGAUACGCGGAGAGACACAGAGAGACGGACGGACGCAGGUUACCGGCAAGAUACGCGGUCCCCACCGCGUGGACACGGCGGAGGCGACACGUUUUCUCUCUCUCGGAGGCUCCCAACGAACGACGGCAUCGCAUGGCUCGAUGCACAGUGUCCCGUAGCACGACGUCCUUUCACGAUCAUCGUGAUCGUGGUUAUCGCGAUCAUCAUCGUUAUCAACAUCGUCGUUGUUGUUGUCGUUGUCAUUAUCGUCGUCGUCGUGAUCGUGGUCGUCGUUGUCAAAUUUUCAUUCAUUUUCAAAUACCUUUGAUUUUGCGUCCUUUAUAUUCGCGUGUUGUUAUCCGUUAAAACGGAAGACGAUAAUGUGUUCGUCGUUAUGUUCUCAUCGGCGUUAUUGCCGCUACUAUAUUCCUCUCCUUUUUAUUUCCUUUUUAUUCUAAAAUUCGCGCGCGAUCUUUCAAGUGUCCUACUCGUGUUUUUACGGUAGACGAGAGGAAGAAGAAGAAAAAAAGAAGAAGAAAAAAAGAAGAAGAGGAAAACGUAGAAGAAGAAGAAGAAGACAUAUAAAAAGAAGAUCAUCGUCUUGGAAGAAUAUACUACUACCAUUAUUCUCAGGAUGCCGAGGACAUUUCGAAGUUUAAUAAUUUUGGCCAUAAUCAUGACAGCGUCGUGUUUUGACGGCAAGAACAAUGAAUCAACAAUUAGGUCGUCUACAAUGAUAUCUACGACGACGUCCACUGUAACCACAAGUACAGAUAAAACAAUAAUAAAUUCAACGACAAUAUCUAUGGUAGAUUCUACAUUGAUAACGAUAAAUUCGAGAGAGAGCAUCGAGACCGUAACAACUUUGUCAAGUAUUUCGAGUGAAAAAGAUUCAAAAGAAGUUUCAACAAUGUCGUUUAUGUCCGACUCUGUUUGGGAAUGUCCUAAUAUUACGAAAACAAGCGUUGAAUGUUCUUGUGAUUUUCCACAUACUCUUAGAUGUACUGGUGAAAGAACAGCUUUACAAGUGAUUAGUGAACAUUUAAAAAGUAGUAAAGCAGGAACCAUUUCUCUUUUGGACGUAACUGUCACAGGAAUUUCUAUAUUGCCAGCACGUUUCCUCGAAAAUGUUGGCCUACAUGGACUUGUCAUUUCUAGCGGAGAACUGAGACGUGUUCAUGAAAAUGCGUUUACUGCUCUAGCUAAACCCCUUCAGGCUCUUGGACUUCCUAAUAAUCUUUUAGAAACCAUUCCAACAUCGGCAUUAAAGUAUCUUGUUGGAUUAGAUCGAUUAGAUCUUUCUCAUAAUAAAUUGAAAACAUUAGAGGCAGAUUCGUUCAACGGUUUAUCGAACUUAACGUAUCUGGAUUUAUGCGAUAAUUUACUCUCGCAAUUAUCACCGCAAGCUUUCGCGGCACUUCCAGAACUUCGAUUUUUACGAAUGCGAGGUAAUCGUCUCAGCAUUUCGGCUCUUUCUGCGUUAAGGGGUCUCAAGAAUUUGGAAGAACUCGAUCUUUCGAGUAAUUUAUUGUUGGGACCAAUGGGACCAAAUCUUCUACCAUGGAUGCCAAGUUUGCAUUUUCUUACUGUAUCCGAGAAUGAAUUUAUCAAUGUGCAGCAAGGAGCAUUAACCGGUGUUAGAAAUUUAAGUUAUCUCAUUCUCAGUCAUAAUCAGAUCGACGUUCUCGAGGAUCACUCGUUCAAGCAUUUAUCUACAUUGACCAGAUUAGAUUUAGCUAAUAAUCGUAUAGUGGAUGUUUCGAGUGCGUCUUUGGCACAUUUAGAAAAAUUGACAACUCUAGAUCUAACACAUAAUUUUUUACGAUCGUUGACGGCUGAUUUAGUAGUGCCAUUGAAGAGUCUCGAAGAUUUACGUUUAGACGACAAUGAAAUUACGAUGGUCUCCAGCGACGUGCCGACCACUAAGUUACAAUUAAAGCGACUCUCUCUUUCCGAUAAUCCUUUGAACUGCGAUUGUACUCUUUUAGAAUUUGCCACUUGGUUAAGUAAUUCGAGUUUAAGUGAUGAGGACAAAUCUUCCGCCGUGUGCGCCACACCACCUGCCUUGGAAAAUGGUAUUUUGACUCAAGUUUCGCCAGGAAGUCUUUUAUGCGGAGAACCAACACCAUCUAUGACUAAAGUACCUCUUGCCACUUUAAAGGAGUAUCAUUACGAUGAAUUAACUGGGAUUAAUCUCUUAUGGAACAUAGAACCUUGUACGGAACAUUAUACUUGUGAUACGUUGAUCGUUUACGAAACAGUAGGUGACAGUGAGGUUCAAACUGAGUCCAAUCCUUUACAUUGUGAUUCUCGUAUGAUGAGAGAUCCUUGUUCGUUGCCAGUAACAGCACCUUCAUCGUUUAAUUUACAGCUUGGUCAUAAAUAUCGUUAUUGCGUGGUACUGUUAAUUCCUACGAUAUACGACGACGUAUCCCUUGGUUUAGGUUGUAGCGACGUUAUAACGUUGGAAGAGACCAAACAAGAAGAACAGCAGGACCAGGAACCUUCAAAUACAAAUUCUUUAGAUGUCCGAAUAACAGCGGUUCAUGUUAAUGUGUCCGAUCAAGGUUCUUUACAUGUAGAUGUCAGUUUAUCACCUUCAAAAAAAUCUGAUGCUUCGUCUUGCGAUAUCUCAAUAGUUGUUUUUGAUGCUGAAACGGCCAUACAUAAAUGUAAAUUGAAUUGCAGUUCGGCAUUUAUCAGUCUCGAAGUAUUAGUACCAGGUCGUUACAAAGUAUGCGCCAGUCUAGACGAGCUUACUAAUAUCGAAUCAAUCACGUUUAGUAUUAUUGAAGACGAUCGUGGUCGAUCUCGAUGCGUUGAGGUACAAAGUUUCAAACAGAAUACAGAAGCCAUUGUUUUAUCUAUCGUAGGAGCAACUUGUGCUCUCUUGAUCGCGCUCGUUGUAAUCGGUCGAAAUAUUGUACGAAAAGUUCGACAUCCUAGAAUUCAAACUCAAUGCUUUUUACCUGCCCAGGAAUUUGAAAUUACGCAUAAAGCGCAUUACAUUAAAUUAUUGGCCACGACCAAGGUGUGAAUGAUCGCUUCAGCACUUUUGGAACUAUUUCGUUUGAUAAAUUCAUAAGUGGAUCAUCCAUUGUAUGAACCGAUCUUCUUAUUUGAAUUUAAUAUCAAACACAAUUUCAGAAACGAGCUGCUAGUCAUAAAGAGAAAUUGGAGUUUUCCAUAUAUCGUAUGAUAGAUGUAUGUUGUAUAUCAUAAUCAUUGAUCUUUGUUUUUGAUUAAUAUGUAAACUUUAUCAAGAGACAUGUAUACAGAGUGAUAAUGCGUUAAGGAUUAUUUAAUACUGUAUACCGAUAAUUAACACUACAUGGUGUUUGUACAAAUGUACAUUUUGUAAUUCGCACAAGCAAAUGAAAAUUUAGAAAAGCGUAAUAAGUUUAUUUGAAAGCACUGCCAUUUUUUUUAACAUUCAGAAUAAUUAAUCAAAUGAAAUAUAUUAGAUAUAGAAUUU